AUGUCCUCAACUGUCCAAUGCUCUAAUGGCUACGACAGCACAAUUGCCAACUUGAGGUUAGAUGGAGAUACCGCUGUCAUAUAUCAAGGGUUUACUGGGAAAGCUGCGACCGCAAAUGCCAAGGACACCAUUGCUUAUGGCACUCGCAUUGUAGGCGGAGUCUCGCCUGGCAAAGGGGGAUCCAUCCACCUCGAUUUGCCAGUCUUCAAUACCGUUGAGGAGGCCAUGAAAGCCGUCCGGCCUCAUGUGAGCGCUGUCUUUGUCCCUGCGAGAUUUGCAGCCAAAGCCAUCAUGGAAUCAAUAGAGGCCGAAGUCCCCCUUAUCGUUUCAGUGGCAGAGCAUAUCCCUGUGCAUGACAUGUUACGGGUCCAUGAGAUGCUUCGUACUCAGAGCAGGACGCGCUUGGUAGGGCCAAAUUGCCCCGGGAUCAUAGCUCCGGAACAGUGCCGUGUCGGAAUCAUGCCGUAUAAACAGUAUCGGAGAGGCUGCAUAGGCAUUGUCUCAAAGUCGGGCACUCUGAGCUAUGAAGCUGUUGGGGCCACGACUGCAGUUGGGCUCGGACAGAGCACAGUGUUGGGUAUGGGGGGUGACAUGCUUCCAGGUACUACCUUGGCGGAUGGCCUGAGACUCUUCUUCGAGGAUGACGAGACCAAGGGCAUCAUCGUGAUUGGAGAAAUCGGCGGAGAAGCGGAACUCAGAGCGGCCGACCUGAUCCGGGAAUAUCGCCAAUCAACGCCCAAUCCCAAACCAAUUGUAGCAAUGGUGGCCGGGAAGACGGCUCCACUGGGAAGGACCAUGGGCCAUGCGGGUGCUGUGCUCACACCCUGGGACGUGCCCGCAGAUAUCAAGGCCAAGGCUCUCGAGGAUGCCGGGGCGGUGGUGGUGCCGCAUCCAGGAGUUAUGGGAGUGACCAUGAAGAAGCUGCUCGAGGUUCAACUAUGA